AUGGCAUUUAAAAGUGGCGAUUGUCGCUACAAUCGUGAGAUUUUCUCAAAUUUCACAUUGCAAAUCAUUAAUAAGAAAAUUUUAAUGGAUAUGAAAUUGAUUAAGCAACUUCCAAAAGGCCUUAAGGCCCAUUUGAGUUUCGAGUUUCGUGUUACGAAGGGUAAAGCAUACCAAAGUGUGUUUCAGCAUGACAUGAACUAUUGUGCACUGAUCAAAGGAGCUCAGGAAUCAUUAUAUCGUCGCUGGUUCACUAGCAUGCUGAAAUUUGGCAAUUUUGCCACUAGUUGCCCCAUUGCACAGGGUAUCUAUUAUAUGCAUGGCUGGGCAUUGGAUGGUGAGUUGAUACCAUCGUUUCUUUAUUUAGGCGACUAUCGCAUCGGUGGGACAUUCUUCUAUGGCCGUUAUAAAAAGAAUUUCGAUAAUCCAUUAUUAGAGUGCACAGUUGAGGCAAUAUUGAAUUAA